AUGACUCUCCGGCUCGCUGGAAAGCCCCUUGGUCCUCGCGCGGGUGAUAUCCUCGUCGGACAAUGGACUAUCCUCCCUAAACAGGCGUCGAAUGGACCUAUGGUUCAAAGGCGGUUUGCCUCGUCGCAAUCGCAGCGUCGACCGGCUUCGACAUUGCAGGUGCAAGCGGAUGCUGCUCCUCAGACUGUUUCCUACCCCCUCUCUGUGAUUCCUCUUCGGGUUCUGCUACGAUCACUUCUCGUCGCCACCAUCUCAUCUAAGCCGCUCCUCCUCCACUCCUCUCUCUGGGUGAUGUCCAUUCUCUCCAAGCCCAAUCGCGGGUUCUUGUUGAAUGUCGACCGCAAUCCUAUCCUCCAUGGCAUUUUGAAGAAGACUUUUUACGAGCAAUUCUGUGCUGGCGAGAAUGCGGCCGAGACAAAAGCCACCAUUAAGGAGCUGAAGAAUAUGGGAUUCCGUGGUGUUAUCAUGACCUACGCCAAAGAAACUGUCUUUGACCACCGUACCAAAACCGAACAGGGCCUUGGUGUUGCUGCUCUGGAAAGUAAGCAGGCUGGUAAAGAUUUGGACCCUGCCCUUUUCCGCUGUGCCAAUAUUGAGGCCUGGCGAAAGGGUACCAUGGAGACUGUUGAGCAGUUGGAAGAUGGAGAUUACCUGGCUGUCAAGGUUACCGGGGCUGGUCCUACUGUUACCGAAGCCUUCUCCAAGGGUGAACUGCCACCCCAACAAAUGAUCGACGCCAUGGACGAGAUCGCCACCCGCUGCAAAGAACGUAAAGUGCGAAUCCUCGUCGACGCCGAAUCCCAACACUUCCAAACAGGCAUCGCCCGCCUGACCCUCGACCUCAUGCGCAAGUUCAACCGUGACGGCUACGCCGUCGUCUACAACACCUACCAAGCUUACCUCAAGAAGACCCCGGAAACACUAGCCCGACACCUCUCCGCAGCCCUGGAAGAAGGAUUCACACUAGGCCUCAAGGUCGUCCGUGGCGCAUACAUGGCCUCCGACGAACGUUCCCUCAUCCUCGACACAAAGCAACAAACCGAUGACCAAUAUAACGGCAUUGCGCAGGGCGCCCUCAAGCAGAAUAUUGGCGAGUUCGGCUCCACCAAGCCCUGGCCUUCUGUCAAUCUUUUCCUUGCUAGCCAUAACCGUGACAGUGUCAUGUCUGCGCACCAGCUGCACAAGCAGCGGACCGCUGCUGGUCUUCCUACUGUUCCUGUUGGAUUUGCUCAAUUGCAUGGCAUGUCGGAUGAGGUUAGUUUCUCGCUGCUACAACUUAAGGAAGCGGAUGGGACUCCGGAGGUUUACAAGUGCUCGACCUGGGGUGGGAUGGGUGAAUGUUUGGCGUAUCUUUUGCGCCGUGCGAUUGAGAAUCGGGAUGCUGUGCUUCGUACGACUGAUGAGUAUAAUGCGUUGAAGGCGGAGUUUGGAAGGAGGUUUAGAUCGGCUUUCUCCUUUUCCACGCAGAAAUAG